AUGGAUUCUGAAUUUGAAAACGAUGAUUAUUUUGAUUAUGUAGAAUAUGAAGAAAUAUUGAGGUGUCAGAGUGAGAAAGUUGAAGAGGAGGGCAUCGAGGGGGCGCACGGGCAGGGUCAGAAGCACAAUGGAGCAGAAGGCGAGGAUGUGGUGGUGAGGGUGCCUCCGGGGACAAAUGUGAGGGAGGCUGAUGGGGAUGUUCGAUUUGUUGCAUCUAGGUCAGAAGGCAUUGCUAUUACGUGGAGGGAGAGAUUAUCAAACCAGCAUGGAAAGGGUGUUACGAAGUCAAAGAAGAACUCUGCUGAGAAUAAGUUUUUAUUACUUCACCUUGGUUUUUUGUUACCUCAUACAUCACAUAGAGCAAAACUUCAUCUGAUAAAUCUAGUAUUGCAGCUGAAGUUGGUUGCAGAUGUUGGACUGUUAGAGUUGAUGAUGUUUCUGGCAUGGUGGUUAGUAUUGCAGCUGAAGUUGGUUGCAGAUGUUGGAUUAGUGGGAGCUCCAAUUGCAGGGAAAAGUACAUUAGUCAGUGUUAUAAGUGCUGAUCAGCCAGCCAUCGCAAAUAUCCCUUCACAACUUUGCUCCCAAAUCUCGGUGUGGUUUCAUUAUGAUGCUACACUGAGGCAUAAGAAAAAUGGCCAUCAUUCAAAGAAAGGUUACAAGCCCGUGGGAUUGAACCUUAUUGAAGAACUUCAACCGUCGGAGAGCUGUUCAGGUUCCAUGUCCAGCACCAAAGACAUGGAACCUGGUGACCUUAAAAUUAUCGUCACCAUGACAAGGUAA